AUGGCUCGGUGGUUCAAAUGCUGGCUGAGUCAAAACAUCUCAAUGGCUAUCAUAUACUCAGCGUAUAUGAUGCGAUCAUGCAGUGGUUUGCUUUUCACAUGUUCCAGUUCAGUUGCAGGGUAUUUGGCACCUCGCACACUCCAGUCAGAAUCUACUGCAGUCAUUGCUUCCACUAUCAACUGCUUUUCAGCAUUAGCAACCUUAUUUGAGAACAGUGAAAGUCAUUUCUUUACCGAGAUACCACAAAUUAUUCUUAAACUUUUUUGUAGCAGCACAUGCUACAUUCUUGUUGAUUUCAAAGUAUUGUUCAAUUCUGCUCAGAAGUUGCAGAUCCUUGACUGGUGCAUCACUGGGUAUUAG